AAAAAAAAGGUUUUUUUCUUCUCAUUUCUCAACCAUAUUAGUUAUAUAUAAUUUCCAUGCUACAUUUCCUUGCCUAUUGCAUCAUCAUUUCCUUAUAUUUUUCAUCUUAGUGAAGAAAACCAAGAUUCUUCACAUUUUAAAUCAUGGUUUCUUUAGAAAGAUCAAAGAAAAAAGUGCAACUAUGGAAGAAAGCAAUUGUUCAUUUUCUUCUUUGUUUUGUUAUGGGGUUUUUCACUGGCUUUGCUCCAACAGGCAAAGGUUCAUUGUUUUCCACUAGGAAUAUUGCUAUUCCUAAAAUUCCUCAAUCAAAUCAAACACAACCAAAUAUGUUGCACCAUUCAAGAUUAGAAAGUGAGAUUUUCAAUAAACCUCUGUUAGACGAAACAUCAACAACAGUAGCAUCAGAAUGGUUUAACUUAAACGAUACGAGACAUUCAGAAAAGGUCUUAGAAGAAAAAGAAGAAGAAGAAGGAGAAGAGCGACAAGAACAGGAUCAAGAUCAAGUUCAAGAACAAGAGGAAGCUAAUGGUGAGUUCUUGAAUCCGAGAAGGCUACUAAUUAUUGUCACUCCAACGAGCGCGAAAGAUCAAAAUAGAGGAAUGCUACUAAGGAGAUUAUCAAACACAUUGAGAUUAAUUCCACAACCAAUUUUAUGGGUGGUUGUGGAGCAACAAAUUGAGGAUUCAAAUGUAUCAAAAAUACUUAGGAAAACUGGAAUUAUGUAUAGGCACUUGGUUUUUAAGGAGAAUUUCACUAAUAUACAUGAAGAAGUGGAUCAUCAAAGAAAUGUGGCUCUUAAUCACAUUGAACAUCACAAGUUAAGUGGGAUUGUUCAUUUUGCUAGCCUAUCAAAUGUCUAUGAUCUCAGCUUCUUUGAUGAACUUCGAGCAAUUGAGGGAUUUGGGACAUGGCCAAUGGCAUUAUUAUCUGCAAACAAGAAGGAAGUGAUAAUAGAGGGACCAGUUUGUGAUUCAUCUGAAGUUAUGGGGUGGCAUUUGAAGAAAGCAAAUAAUUCAACAGAUGAAAGGCCUCCAAUUAGAGUUUCAAGUGUUGCUUUUAACAGUUCAAUUCUUUGGGAUCCAGAAAGAUGGGGUCGCACUUCUUCUAUUCAAGACACUUCUCAG